AUGGCGCUGCCCAGGCCUCGGGCUCCGCUCGGACCUCUGGGCAACCUCAGAGGCCCCAGGCCCAAGCUACAGCCACGGGCAGGGUGGCCGGUGCAGCCCAGCAGCCAUCCCGUCUGGAUCCUGUGUGACCUAAGGAGACGCGUUGAGCUCUGGGUGGUGGGCGAGGGUCCUGCGGGGGUUUGGGGCCUUGUUCCCGUAAGCUCCAGUGGGGGCCGGGCCCCAAGGGGCAAGCUCCCAAGAUGCCUCCUUUUAGAGUCGGCUGACAGUGGCCCCUCAGGGGCAUCGGCCCCUUCCCAGCUGAGAGCCAUCAUCCUGGAAGACCUGGGGCUCCUCCUGGCAGGAGGCCUGGCCAGCCCCGAGCCCUUGAGCCUGGAGGAGCUCUCAGAGAGGUAUGAGUCCAGCCAUCCGACAUCCACGGCCUCUGUCCCCGAGCAGGACACCGCCAAGCACUGGAACCAGCUGGAGCAGUGGGUGGUGGAGCUGCAGGCCGAGGUGGCCUGCCUGCGGGAGCACAAGCAGCGCUGUGAGCGCGCCACGCGGAGCCUGCUGCGGGAGCUGCUCCAGGUGCGGGCCCGCGUGCAGCUGCAGGGCUCAGAGCUGAGGCAGUUGCAGCAGGAGGCGCGGCCGGCAGCCCAGGCCCCCGAAAAGGAGGCGCCGGAGUUCUCUGGUCUCCAGAACCAGAUGCAGGCCCUGGACAAAAGGCUGGUGGAGGUCCGGGAAGCCUUGACUCAGCUCUGGAGGAGGCAGGCGCAACAGGAGGCAGAGAGAAGGGGCGCCGAGCAAGAGGCCGGCCUCAGACUGGCCAAGCUGACCGACUUGCUGCAGCAGGAGGAACAGGGCCGGGAGGUGGCCUGCGGCACCCUGCAGAAGAAUCAGGAGGACAGCAGCCGGAGGGUGGACCUGGAGGUGGCCAGGAUGCAGGCCCAGGUGACCAAGCUCGGCGAAGAGGUGAGCCUGCGCUUCCUCAGGAGGGAGGCCAAGCUGUACGGCUUCCUGCAGAAGAGCUUCCUGGCCCUGGAGAAGAGAAUGAAGGCCUCGGAGAGCUCGCGGCUGAAGCUGGAGGGCAGCCUGCGGGGCGAGCUGGAGAGCCGGUGGGAGAAGCUUCCGGGGCUGAUGGAGGAGCGCCUGCGGGCCCUGCAGGGGCAGCAUGAGGAGAGCCACCUCCUGGAGCAGUGCCAGGGCCUGGAUGCUGCCGUGGCCCAGCUGACCAAGUUCAUGCAGCAGAACCAGGCGUCGCUGAACCGCGUCCUACUGGCCGAGGAGAAGGCCUGGGACGCCAAGGGGCGCUUGGAGGAGAGCCGGGCUGGGGAGCUGGCCGCCUAUGUGCAGGAGAACCUGGAGGCCGCACAGCUGGCUGGCAAGCUGGCCCGGCAGGAGAUGCAUGGAGAGCUGGCGCUGCUCCGAGAGAAGAGCCGGGCUCUGGAGGCAUCCGUGGCGCAGCUGGCCGGGCAGUUAAAGGAGCUGAGUGGCCAUCUCCUGGCUCUGAGCAGCCGGCUCGAUCUGCAGGAGCAGAUGCUGGGCCUCAGGCUGUCCGAGGCAAAGACCGAAUGGGAAGGUGCAGAGAGGAAGUCCCUGGAGGACCUGGCCAGGUGGCGGAAGGAGGUGACCGCACACCUGCGAGGGGUGCGGGAGAAGGUGGAUGGCCUCCCCCAGCAGAUAGAAAGUGUCUCCGACAAGUGCCUGCUUCAUAAGAGCGACUCAGACCUCAGGAUUUCCGCCGAAGGCAAGGCCAGGGAGUUCGAGGUUGGGGCCCUGCGGCAGGAGCUGGCCACGCUGCUAUCAUCCGUGCAGCUGCUAAAGGAAGACAGCCCUGGGCGGAAAGUCGCGGAGAUGCAGGGCAAGCUGGCCACGUUUCAGAACCAAAUAAUGAAGCUGGAAAACUGCGUCCAGGCCAACAAGACCAUCCAGAACCUCAGGUUCAACACUGAGGCCCGGCUGCGCACGCAGGAGAUGGCCACCCUGCGGGAGAGUGUGCUCCGGCUGUGGAGUGAGGAGGGCCCGCGGACGCCGCUGGGCAGCUGGAAGGCACUCCCAUCCCUGGCGAGGCCGCGGGUCUUCAUCAAGGACAUGGCUCCUGGCGAGGUGGUGCCCAUGAACUGCUGGGGCAUGUACCAGGCUGUGAGGUGGCUGCGGUGGAAGGCGUCCCUCAUAAAGCUCAGGGCCCUGCGGAGGCCAGGAGGGGUCCCAGAGAAGCCCCACAGCCAGGAGCAGCAGGUGCAGCAGCUCACACCCUCACUGUUUAUCCAGAAAUAAACGUGCCGGCUUUGUACUCAUUAGA